UUUAGCCUUCCAUCCUCCUGAAAAAGAAACCUCUUUUCUCUCCGUCUUCCUCCUCCUCCUCCUCCUCCUCCUCCUCUGUCUGUCGCCCAUCGCGUCGGAAAAUCAAGGGAGCAGAUUCAAGCGCGUUGAACGUUUCGAAAUUAGACCCGCUGGCAUCCCAUCAUCCUCCAAAAUUAAAAAAAAAAUUCAUUUCUUGAAUUAUUUAUUAAAAAUUCUUAAUUUCUUGAAGCAUAUGUUUUGAGAAGAAUUGUAAUUGCAUAAUUAGAAACGCACGGAUUCCAAAUUGUUUUGCAAUUAUAAAUUCAAUUUUGUUGAUGGUUUUGUGUGGACAAUUAAGAACGGGAAAAAAGAGACGUCGUAGAUAACGACGUUUUUAUUUUUCUUAUUCUGUUGUUUUUUUUUUUAAUUGUUUGGAGGGUUUUUGGGGGUUUGAAGAUGUGUGCGGCAGCGGCGACGGAUGACUGGUGGGCGAGGGGGAUAGCGGGACAGAUCGGAGGAGGGUUCAGCCAGGAGAGCGAGCUUGACUUGGCUCUCAUGGUCAGCGACUUCCUUGAGAACGGCAGCAGCGGUCCCGAUUCUUGGUGCAGCAGCGAUAGCGAGUCUGGUCUCUCCGAUCUCCACCAUCUCGCCGACAAGAUUUCGUUCUAUAGACACUCAGUAGCGCAGUAUGAAAGUGACUUGCUAUCAUUGGUUCAGUCCCUUAUGGUGUCCAUCAAGGAGACUGACCUUCACCUUGUUAAGUCAGGCCCGUGUAAUGCCAGCUGCAUUAGAUUUUCCUUGGUAAAGCUUUUGAGACUUGCUGGUUAUGAUGCUGCUGUGUGUGCAUCUAGGUGGCAGGGUGGUGGCAAGGUCCCUGGAGGGGAUCAUGAAUACAUUGAUGUGGUUAACCAUACUAAUGGUGGAAGCUCUGAGCGUUUAAUCAUUGAUAUUGACUUCCAAAGCCAUUUUGAGAUAGCUAGAGCUGUAGACACUUAUGACAGAAUAUUGAAGUCACUUCCUGUUAUUUAUGUGGGUUCAGUGACCAGGCUGAAACAGUAUCUUCAAGCCAUGGUUGAAGCUGCUAAAUCUUCUCUGAAGCAGAAUUCAAUGCCUCUUCCUCCAUGGAGAUCACUAGCUUACUUGCAAGCAAAGUGGCACUCACCAUACCAGAGACAUUUGAGCCCGGAGGAACAUAAUUUUAGCAGCAUCAGCUCUUCUGACCAUAAGCAGUGCAGGGGACAUUUAAAAAGGCUGCAAGCUUGGGUCCAAUCUGAUAUGGAAGAAGAGCGACUGUUGAAGCCCAUGAACACUGAUAAUAACUGGAGAGUGAAGCGUGAGAGGCGAAGGAAUUCCGGAUUGAGGGGUCUUUGAAGUGUAUAGAAUUUUCCCGGGGAAUUGCGAGUUCCCUUUAUGAGAGGUUAAUUGUACUGCGGCUUUCAUGUUUAGUAAUUCUUUUUCCUGAGAUGAAUAAAUGAAGUCCAAUUUUAUACGGAGGACACAAAGGACAAUAACACAUGAUAUGUGGAAUCAUACAUUUUAAUUUUUCAUGUUUUGCGCAUUGGCAGCAAGUGACAGCAUGAGAUCUUCGGAACUGGGGGGUUUGUUAUCAAUACGCGGCAGCAUCUCUGGCCAAAGCUGCUGGUGCUUGUUUCACCAAGGUGCAUAAUUUGAUAGGUUUAUUUAUUUAUCUUCAUUAUAAGUUCCUUCUUGAACGAAUCCCUUGCCUUGUAUUUUAUUAUGGCCAAGGAAUUUUUGUUCUAAUUUGCCUUUGUUUUCCUGUUAUCUUGUUCAAAUUUAUAGUUGCAUGUACUCCAAGCAAUUUAAAAAGGUUGCUUGGGCGAGAUAUACACUACAAGUUUAUGAUACAGCCGCUUCUGAUAGUUUGUAAAAUCCACUGUUGCAUGUGUUCUUUUGUGAUUAUUAUAUAAAAUCCAUUGUAUUUUACUAUAAUAUUUCUUGCAGAUAUGAA